AGCAGCUGGUUUCCAUGGACCAAUAGGAUGUGAGAUAGUGUGUGUUGCAUGGAUCAGACUAUGCUGAGUGUGGAUAACAGAGAGGGGCUGAGAGCUCACUGGGAUACCUGGGCAGCCUUUCCAAGCAGUGAGUGUAUUAUAUUAUAUUAUAUAUAGUCUGUGUAUUCUGUAUAUUUAUUAUAUUCUGUAUAUUAUAUAUAGUCUGUGUAUUAUAUUAUAUAUAGUCUGUAUAAUUAUAUAUAUAUAUUUAUAUUCUGUGUAUUCUGUAUAUUAUAUAUAUUCUGUAUAAUUAUUAUAUUCUGUAUAUUAUGUAUAUUUAUUUAUUAUAUAUAUUCUGUAUAUUAUAUAUAUUUAAUAUAUAUUCUGUUUAUUUAUUAUAUAUAUUCUGUAUAUUAUAUUCUGUAUAUUUAUUAUAUAUAUAUAUAUUCUGUAUAUUAUUUAAUAUAUAUAUUCUGUAUAUUUAUAUAUUUUCUGUAUAUUUAUUAUAUAUAUUCUGUAUAUUAUAUACCGGUAUAUUCUGUGUAUUCUAUAUAUUCUGUAUAUUUAUUAUAUAUAUUUUGUGUAUUCUGUAUAUUAUAUACCGGUGUAUUCUGUAUAUUCUGUAUACUGGGGGCUAGUCUGCUGACUGGGGUCAGGGCAUGACAAGUGCUGCCUUGUGGUAUGUAGCAUUCAAAUGCUGCUGUAAGAAAUUAAUGGAGAACCUUUAUCCUGUUCAUCAAUGUGUAUGGGAGAUGUGUGUCCAGGAAAACAUGGUGAACCUUGCAGAAUGUGAAUGCCACUUACAUGUCCUGGCCAUCAAUAUGUAUGAGAGAUGUGUGUCCAGGAAAACAUAGUGGAUCUUGCAGAAUGUGAGUGCCACAUACAUGUCAUGUACUUCAAUAUGGAUGAGAGAUGUGUGUCUAGGUAAACAUAGUGAAUGUUGCAGAAUAUGAAUUCCACAUACAUUUCAAUAUGUAUGAGAGAUGUGUGUCCAUGAAAACACUGUGAAUCUUGCAGAAUACGAAUGCCACAUACAUAUCCAGUCCAUCGAUAUGUAUGAGAGAUGUGUGUCCAGGAAAACAUGGCAGUCCUGGUGCUGACUGAGAGCUGCUGGAUGGUCCAGUUGUUUGGUGGGUUACAGCUCGCCAGCCACUGGAAGGGGAGAAGUUAAAUCUAUAGCUGUUUUAUAUUGUCACAGUCUGACUUUGUGUGUCUUGUGAUGUCAAACAUUUAAGUGUUGUUACUUCAUGAGAUUUUUCUCGCUUUGUCUUGUGAUGCGUGUCACACAGGUUUAUGCGAUGUGCUUUGCAACGUCACACGUGGGUUUAUUGAACCAUAUGAUGUGAUGUCAUGCAGGUCUAGCUCUGUUUAUGUUGCGAUUUCAGGCAAGCAAGACGUGGACGUGUGUUUUGAUGUGAUGUCAUCAAGGUUAUGGCUUUGUGGUAUGGUGGAUGUAAUGCAGGUGUGGUGUGAUGUCACACAGGUUUAUCCAAAAUAUAUGCCACAGAAUUUAGGCGCAAUGUGAUGUCACGUAAGAUAAGCACUCUCUGUAGAGAUGUCAGACAAGUUUGGAUCGUGAUGUCAUGCAGGUUGUGGUGCUUUCUGAUGUGAUGUCACUUGUAAUUAGAUACUGGUUUUAUAACUUUUUGUUGGUUUAAGGGCUGUAUGUUGUAACAUUACACAAGUUUAAGAGCUGCUUGUACUUCUAAUGCUGUCCCUCUUACAGGUUUUCGAAGACACUGAGUAAUUAUGAAGGUAGUCACUUGCACUGCCCCCGUUAACAUCGCUGUCAUAAAAUACUGUGAGUAUUAGCGGUUUAUUAAACCCACACUGGCAAAUUGUUAUCAUUUGCCUAUGCAUUACACUUCACUUAAAUCUUGUAAUUCUAUUUUUCUUUUCUCUAAGGGGGAAAAAGAAAUGAAGACCUUAUUUUGCCAAUUAACUCCUCUCUCAGCGUCACACUGCAUCAGGACCAGGUUAGUGAUCAAUCACUCUAUUAUCUACAAUUUUUAUGUUUCUGUAACUAGAGAUUAAAAACUAAACCGUUUUUUGCCUGUUUUUACUGGAAAAUGUGGUCACACCAACCUUAGGGUAAUUAUUCCUUUCUAUCUAGAUCCCAGAAUUAACCUUUCCCUCUUAUUCUAGUCAGUGACUCAGAUUCUUUCCACAUCCUGCAUUCUAAAUUAUCAUCCAAAUAUUUGCAAUUACUAUUCUUAAAUGUAUUUACUAUUUCAGUUAAAAACGACCACCUCUAUUGCGGCAAGCCGUGACUUUACGGAGGAUAGGAUCUGGCUGAAUGGAAAAGAAGGUGAUAUCAGCCACUCACGUCUGCAGUCCUGUUUGCGUGAAAGUGAGUUUUUAUUACCUGUGUGUGUACAGGAGUCUUCUGGCUAAGUUUAAAGGGAUAUCAAGACUUUAAAAUUGAACUGUUGUGUUUUUUUUUUUUUUUGCAUGACCUGUAUUUACUGCUUUAAAUGGACACUAUAGGCACCCAGACCACUACAGCUCAUCAGGGUUAACUCCUCUUCUAGUGACUGACUACCAAACAGCCACUAGAGGGACUUCCAGGUUAUGCAUGGGGACGUUCAGCGUCACCCAAAAUCCCACAGGAAAGCAUUGGGUUCUAGAUCCCAGGGGGGCCCACGAUGGAGGGGGAAGCCAUAGCACCAGAAAAACAAGUUGGUCUUCCUGGCACUAUAGUCUCCCUUUAAGAAGCCCUCAAUUUCAGAGGAACAGUGCAGGAAUUGUGGAUAGACAGAGAAAAAAUAUCAGCAUUAUUUACCUCUUUUUUCUGAUUAGCUUGAUAAUAUUUCAGUAUUCUGAUUGGGUUAACAGUUGGAGCCAGUAAAAUAAAUUGAGCUGACUGUCCAGUCUUGGCCGCUAACUGUAUGGUGUACAGAGUAGAAUACACUAUUGGCAGGGCCACUGUAUGAUAAUAAGAAACCUCUACUCUAUUUAUCAUUAUUGUCUUUUUAAAUACAUGCUUCGGGUGCCAGCUUAAAGAGCAGUUGAACUAACAUUCACCUUUACAAUCCUCUUUCUAGUUCGCCGACUUGCGAGAAAAAGAAGGAAUAGUGCAGCAGAGGACACGGUCUCCAGAAUCCUAAACUACAAAGUUCAUAUAUGUUCGGUCAACAACUUCCCUACAGCCGCAGGACUGGCAUCGUCUGCAGCUGGAUAUGCCUGCCUGGGUAAGGCAUCUCUUGCAUGCUUUAGUAGUAUAGAGAGCCUAGCUGUGCGCCACACAGAGAGUGUGAACAUGUGCUCUUUGUCGUGAUAAUUUGUGUUAAUAAAGUUAUGCAUUGUUCUCUCAGUUUGUAGAUCUAUUAGGUGUCAUUGGAUCAAUAUGCAAAUCAAUCACUAUUCCUUUCAGCAACGAGCUGCAUAGACAAUAAGCUGUUUUUUGUUGAUUUUCUUUUUUUUUUUUAGCCUAGGUGGUGCCGUGAAGGGACUUGACAUGAGCAUUGCCUAAAUAAAACGUGCAAUAUUUUUUAAUGGUACUGUAAAUUUUAUCUGCAAAGCAUGCCAUCUACCCUCUCUAAAUAUAUCUUCCUGUUGUUUUUCCUGUUGUUUAGUGUACACCCUGGCAAAGUUGUACGGUGUGGAGGGGGAGCUGUCUGAGAUUGCUCGGCAGGGAUCUGGCAGCGCGUGCAGGAGCAUAUAUGGAGGAUUUGUACAGUGGGUGAUGGGAGAGAGAGAGGAUGGGAAAGAUAGCCUAGCGCAGCAGGUGGAGACAGAAUCUCAUUGGCCAGAGCUUCGGAUCCUCAUCCUGGUGGUAAGAGGCAGAGGGAUGUGGAUUGGGAUAUACCGUGCCUGCAUAGGCUGCAGCAAGGGAGAGCUGGGAAAAGCGUUUCAUAAAUAUCACUUUGUAACUCUGUACUGAAUACAUUACAAGAGUUCAGCAAUAUUGAUGUACCUUCUGUAGUAACAAUCUGCAUUACACUAACCUCCAUAUACAUUCUAAUAUGAUUUAUUACUUAGUAACGUUCAUUAUGUGUCUAUUUGGUUUUCACAUUGUAUCUUUAAAUAAUCUGAACAGUUGGAAAUGUUCUCUGAUUUGCCAGAUGUAGGGCAUCUCAGCGUAGGUGGCAUUAAUGGUCACAGGCUAACAACAAAACUCCAUAAUAAUGGUUGUAAGGUAUAUUUGUAUUUAUCUGUUAGAACCGGGAAGCCCAGGUUUAAAUCCCAGUCAGCUUUAUCUGAAUGGAUGAAAAACGCGGGCAUUGCACCUAAUGAUAUCUAUAUGCCACCUCAAAUCCUUAUAUAUAAUUGUACAGCGCUGCGGAGCAUGUUGGCACUAAAUAAAUGCCAAUAAUAAUAGUACAUACCUGCCCUGAUUGUACUUUAUUUUUAUUUUGUAUCCUUGUUUACAUCCUUGUUUUCUGCCAUCAUUGAAACCUGGAAACAUUGUUGUCAAUUAAAGAAAACACAAUUGAGAGAUAUUAUCAUAUUCCAUGAAUAGAAUUUCCUUCUGGUGUUCUGUCAGGGGAAGCAAUUCUCCACCAAGAUCUCUAGGCUUCUAUGAUGCAUAAAGCAGUAGCAAGGUAUUUUUGCUCUCUGCUGAAGUUUAUCAUCAACAGCUAUCAGAAUAGAUAAGUGAUGUUUUUUUCCUUUUCUUUUCUUCAGGUGAGCGCUGAGAAGAAACACGUUGGCAGCACCUCUGGGAUGCAAACCAGUGUUGAGACCAGCCCCUUACUAAAGGUAGCUAAAUACCUGCUCUUACCUCCAUCUUAACCCCUUCUUCAUUUCUUUCACUUUCUAUAGCCACUUCCCUGUCCUCUUUCUCGAUUCGUUUUAAGGAGUUUUUUUUCACUUAGCUACAAAUGUCUAAAACCUUUGCUAAGUUAAAAGACUGUAAGCACCAUAACCACUUCAGUACACUGAUCCAGCAGGCUUAGCUCAGAAAGAGAGUUUCUGGCUCUCUGCCGAUGUAGUGCAAGCAGGGAGCAGCGCUUAGUGGCUCCAAUAUAAGAAAUCAACAAUUCUAAAACAAUGUAGAUACUCAAAAUCGGAGGAUGGGUGUCAUGUAGUUAUGGUGCUGAGUGUUCCUUUCAUAUGGUAUCUUGGUAUCAUGCAUGUGAGUACUUUUUGUACUGAUGCCAAACGAGACUAAAUAAUUUAACUUGUUCCCUAGCUCCGAGCUGAGACCGUGGUACCCGAGCGGAUGAAAGAUAUGAUCGAGUCCAUAAAGAAGCGGGAUUUUGAAUCUUUUGGCCAGUUGACAAUGAAGGACAGUAACCAGUUCCAUGCCACCUGUCUUGAUACCUAUCCUCCUAUAUUCUACCUUAACCAGAUUUCACAGAGGAUUAUCAGCCUGGUGCACCGAUACAAUGACCACUACGGACAAACCAAGGUAUGAGACCUUGGUAAUGGCAAAAAUGCCUGUCAUGUUCUGUCAGUAUCUGGUUCUGGAAACGUUAUCUUCAGGAAAACAGUCUACUGUGUCAAAGGAAUUGUGAAAGCCUCUAAGUCUAUAUCAUUCAGAGAAGAAAAUAAUUAGAGUUGACAUGAUAGAAACCUACUAAUGUAUCACGUUUUUAUAUACAAUAUGAUGAUGCUUUUCAUAGAGAAUAGGGUAGCUGGAAUCAUGAGAAAUGAUCUGAUUGUGGGAGAAGAGAAGAUUUAGGGAUAAAUGCCAACAAAUGUCAUUUUACAGAAGGAGCAGUUGAUGCAUGGAAUAGCCUUGCAUCAGAGGUUUUUGGAGUGUAAUUUAAAGGGAUCCUAUAGUGCCAGGAAAACAGUAAUUUUCCUGGCACUAUAGGGUUAAUAGGUUCCCGCCCCCUCCCGCUGGACUGAGGGGGUUAAAAACCCCUUCAGCCACUUACCUGAAUCCAGCGCUGAUGUCCCUCGGCGCUGGGUCAGGCUCCGCCCACUCUCCUCCCCCGUCGACAUCAGCCGGCGAGGGAUACCUAAUGCGCAUGCACAGCAAUGGCCACGCGUGCAUUAGACCUCCCCAUAGGAAAGCCUUGUUCAAUGCUUUCCUAUGUGGAAAAUCUGACGCCGGAGGUCCGUAAAGAUGUCCGGCGUCAGAUAACAGACCAAAAGUCCAUUUAGAUUCUGGAAGCCCUGUAGUGGCUGUCUGUUAGACAGCCACAGAGGGCAGACUUAGAUUUGCAAUGUAAACAUUGCAAUUUCUCUGGAUACAAGAAUAAAUUCUGGGUUUCGUAACUAGUGGUUGGGCAGACUGACAACUAUUUGCUGUCAUAAUCUGUUCCUAAACGGAGUAUUUUCCUCUAGGUUGCGUACAGUUUUGAUGCAGGUCCUAAUGCCGUCAUCUUUACAUUGGAGCCAACAGUCGAUGAGUUUGUGGAGCUGGUGAAACGUUCCUUUCCUCCAGAAUCCAAUGGAGACACGUAAGUGUAUUUAAGAAGCAUCCUGUAAGGUUUAAUUGGUAGCUUGGCUGUAAAUUCCCUGUUAAUUACUGUGGUUUCACAUUGAAUCUGAUGGCUGCAGGUUUCUGAAAGGACUACCGGUUAAGCCAGGACUGCUCUCUCCAGAUCUGCUGUCCGCUGUAGGAUCUGAUCUGUGCCCAGGAGGGGUCCAAUAUAUCAUUGCUACACAGGUAUGUUAUAGCCGGAACUCAUAGCCAAAUUAAAGAGCCAGUAUCGCGGCUACAUUGAAGUCCACAAUCAAUUAGUUUGUGGAGCUGGUGGUGUUCUCCUGGACACAUGUCUUCUUCAUAAUGGUCGGUCGCACAUGAAGUGCUGCCCUACAGUGUGCUGCCCUAUAGUGUGCUGCAAGAUUCCUUAAAGGGCUACUCCAAGCAACAUGACCUCUUUACAGAUUUGAAGUGUUUAUGGUGCCUUGAGUCUGUAUGUGUAGUGUUUCGAUAUGAAACGCUGCACCUAAGGAGUUUAACCCCUCUGUUACUGUAAGUGUAACUCCAACCCCAUUGGGGCACCAUUUGCCACCCAAAAUUAGAGCAACAGACAGCCAACGGCGGUAUGGCCUCCCUCCUCCAUGCCACCCAUGUCCUAAACUCAGAUUGUUCUUUUUUUGUUUGUUUGUUUUGUUGUUUUUGUUUUGUUUUUUGAGGGGGGAGAUUUUUUUUUUUGGUUACUAUACCAAAUACCGAGUUUUCUUGAAACCCUUGAUUUUACUUACUACAAGACAGCACCUUUCCUGCGCUGCCCAUCCAUGCAUGAAGUGAUAUGUGGGCAGAAAGACAUGGGGGAUCUGGUAACUCUCCAGUGUCAAGGUACAGCAAAGCAUCAUGGGGCUUGUAACGUCCCAACUGUUUUGCCCAAUGUUGAUUACUUUUGCUCCAAAGAUGCAAAUUAACUCCAUUCUAUAACGUUUUUAAAUACAUUUUAUUUGCAGCCAGGACCUGGGCCAUCUAAAUCAGAAGAUGUCAGUCUGGAUCUGCUGGGAUCAGAUGGGCUUCCAAAGCAAAGUGUCUGAAAAGGAUGUUGCAAAAAGGACUAUAAUUUAUCACAGGAUUCCAUUUUUAUUGUUAAAAUGCUCAUCGAGGUGGCCAUAAGAUCCUGCUUUUUUUUGUAAUUUAUAUAAACCUCUUCCUGUGCCAGUAGGACAUUGACUUUUUUACACGGCUUGGUUCUAGGACGGCAGCAGCUGAAGGUACACAUUAUGCUGCAAGAAAUAUAGGGAUAUUGUUGGCCACUCAGGGAAUUAAAAUGGCUGCCGGCACUUAAAAGUGAAUUUUCUUGUGUCUGUUCAAAACUCUUCAGGAAGUAAAUCAACACUUACACAGCCAGCGCACCCUGGCAAAAAAAAACUAGAAUAUUCUAGCACUUGUUCUUUGAAAAUACUUGCAGGCUCUAAUUUUAUUCAUCAGUUUUCCUUAAACAAUAUUUUGUUCUCCAAAUUCUGUCUGUCAUCUAUUAGUCUCUAAUAUUUGCAGAUCUAUACAGCCCAGCUGCCAUUAAAGGGAAACUGUCACUUCUCAGGGAUUUACGCCUCAGAAUAAAGCUGUGAAAAUCACCUGUAACUUUUUUUUGCCUUUUUUUUUUUUUUUAUAAUCAUAAUAGCUCAGACAAGUCCCAGUCCAGUUCAGACAGACAAAGCCAUGACACGCUUUUUUUAAAUGAAGCGGAGAAAUAGGAAUAUUUUUAUGUCUCCUCCUUUGCUGAGUGCCAGGUGCAGAGGACGGCGUUUAUAACAAUGAUUGACAGGGAGUUAAGAUGGAUGUGCCCAGUUGUUGGAUAAAGAGGUGUGGAUUUCUACAUUUAAUUAAAAUUUUCACACAUCACUAAUACAUAUUAGCUAAAUAUAGGGAUACGUAAACAUAAUAUUAAAAAUCGUGGAUAGUGACCGUUCCCUUUUAACCCCUUAAGGACCAAACUUCUGGAAUAAAAGGAAAUCAUGGCAUGUCACACAUGUCAUGUGUCCUUUUAAGGGGUUAAAUUAGUGAGACAUUGCAUUGUGACACAGGAGCUUUAGAGACACAAUACAUGAAAAUGAAUACAGUAUAAAGAUUAAUAAUCAUUUAAUAGGUGCAUAGUGAUGUUAAUAAAACACAACAAAUAAUCCGAUAUACACAAAAUAUAUCAAAUACAUGAGAAGACCAUCACUGCGGUGGCAAUUUAGGUCCUAUUUCUCUAAUACAGACAUACUGCCGCUGGACACCUGAUCGGUUCUUGAUUGCUUGUCCAGGAUCUAGCUUCCUAAUAGAGCAGCGGUACUUUGUUCUGGACACAAAGCUGGGUUCCUGUUGGUUGGAGCAGUCCCUUCGUAUUCAACAGGCCCCAGGCAACUUCACACAGUCAGCUGGUUAAUAAAACAUCACUGCCUUGUCCGGUAGAACCUGUGUUAUAAAAUUUAAGAAUGGGUCCAUGUUAAAAAAUAAAAACCAAGAAGCUCUGCCAUUGUGAAAGGUACAUUUCUAAACUAUUCAGAGAGGUGAUAUUUGCCGGCCCUUGUCUUACACUGUGAAUGUGUCAGAUUGCUGUUAUAAAAACAUGUCGAAUCCAAUGCAUGAAGUUACUGUGAUCCGCAGAACAUGGAGCAAACCAGCCGAGUAGCAGAACAUGGAACAGAGGUUCAAGCAAUGUUUGGUGAGGAGACUGGAAAAGCAGGUGUGGUGCCACGUGUAGAAUGUGAGGUUGCACUCGACACUGAUCUACUGGCAGUGGUACUUGCAGUGCAUGUUACUCGGCAUAACUGUAAUGGCGUACGCUCCAUGCUAUGUCUCAGGAUACAGUACAAUUCAACAUUACCUUCAACAUUAAAAGAUGAAAAUAGCUCUUCUAUUAUGUUAAGGGAGAGUCUCUCUUCUAGGGAUUUUAAACAUGAUGUUUACUCACCCGUUAUCUGAAUCAUGUCUGUCAUUGAG